UUGCUCGCAAUUAAAAACUUACCAAGGACAAAAAGAAAAGAAAAGAAAAAGUAUAGAUUUAUCCUUGUUGUGGCAGUGUCAGGUGCAGAUCGAAGCAUAAUUCUGAUGGCCUCACCAAUGGAAAUCCUUGUGUUGCUACUGCUGUUUUUGGCUCGAUCAUAUUCACAUUCAGUGGUUGACACUUUACCUGGAUUCCCAGGAAAACUUCCAUUCAAGCUUGAAACUGGUUACAUAGGUGUGGGAGAAUUUCAACAACUUCAACUCUUCUACUAUUUCAUUGAGUCUGAGAAGAGCCCAGAAAGUGACCCACUUUUGCUAUGGCUCAAUGGUGGUCCGGGUUGCUCUGCUCUCUCCGGCAUCCUCUAUGAGAUUGGUCCUUUCACCAUUAACUAUGCUAAUUCCACUGGUGAAAUCCCAUGUUUGGAGUUGAACCAGUAUGCAUGGACCAAGGUGGCCAACAUUAUAUUUUUGGAUCAACCUGUUGGGACAGGAUUCUCCUAUGCUAAAACACCCGAACCUAAUUACAUGUCUAAUGAUACUCUGUCUGCACAGCUUGCUUAUGAUUUCCUCAUACACUGGCUCCUGGACCACCCGAAAUUCCUUGGCAAUCCGCUGUACAUUGCAGGAGAAUCCUAUACUGGAAUUAUUGUUCCACAGGUUGUUCGUAAAAUAUAUGAUGGUUUACAAUCUGGAAUUGAGCCGCGUCUAAAUAUCAAAGGCUAUGUGGAAGGCAAUCCAUUGACUGACAAAUAUGCAGACUUCAACAAUAGAGUGGUAUAUGCUCAUCGAAUGGGGCUUUUAUCAGACAAUCUAUACAAGUCCACAAAAGUAAGUUGCAAUGGAGAUUACAUGGAUGAACAUCCACAAAAUGAAGCCUGUCAAUAUGAUCUUCAAAGAGUAUCAAUGUGUACCAAAAAGAUUUAUAGGGACCACAUUUUAGAACCACAGUGUAGCAAUGAAAAUUUACUGAGUCUAAAGGGGAGCUCUAAUGGUGAAAAUCUUACCAGUCCCUUCUUACUGCAAAAGUACUGGUGCAGACAUGAUAAUUAUUUGUACUCCUCCAUUUGGGCAAAUAACAAAAUUGUCCAGAAAGCACUUCAUGUGCGUAAGGAAACAAUAACAGAGUGGGUGAGAUGCAAUAAGAGCUUGCAAUAUGAAGUUCCUGGGGAGAGAACUGAUGAAGCAUACAUUUAUGAUGUCCAAAGCACCGUUGAUUAUCAUAAGAGUUUUACCAACAAAUCUUGUCGAGUUCUAAUCUACAGUGGGGAUCACGACAUGGUUGUUCCUCAUUUGAGCACAGAAGAAUGGAUAGAGUCCUUAGAAGUUGGGGUUGAAGACGAGUGGAGACCUUGGUUUGUUGACGAUCAAGUUGCAGGAUACACCAUGAAGUAUUCGCAGAAUGAGUAUGAGUUGACAUAUGCAACUGUAAAGGGAGCAGGCCACACAGCACCAGAAUAUAAGCCAAAACAAUGCUUGUUAAUGCUUCACAGAUGGCUUAGCAAUUAUCCUCUUUGAUUAUUAUGUAAUAUUGAAUGCAUUUUCAAUUCAAUGAAUAAAAUUGGUAUGACCUUGGG